AUGUGGUCGACAGCUCCCCUCACGGCAGCCACAUGGCUUGCAUUCGCAACUUCGCUCAGCUCAGCUACACCGCAGUAUGGUGCUCCUCCAAAGAUCCAAUUCAAGCACUGGCCCGAAGAAGCUGCGACAGCUCUCUCCAACAUGAUCACAAAGAACGCGAAUCAGAGCAACUAUGCAGUCUUCGACAUGGACAACACCAGUUAUCGCUAUGAUCUUGAAGAAUCGCUCCUUCCCUUCCUUGAGAACCGUGGCAUCCUGACACGCGACAACCUGGACCCCAGCCUCAAGUUGGUUGACUUCAAGGAUACGGCCAACUUCACCGAAUCGUUGUACAGCUACUACAACCGUCUAUGUGAGAUCGAUGAUUUCAUCUGCUAUCCCUGGGUGGCGCAGGUCUGGUCUGGCUUCACGCUGCGCGAACUUAAGACUUACGUGGAUGAGCUCAUGGCGUACAACUCAACGAUCCCGGCAAAGUACUGGGACGGCGAUGAGGUGACAUCCACCAGCGUUAACCCGCCAAAGGUUUUCCGAGGCCAGGCCGAACUUUACAACGCUCUUAUGGACAACGGCAUCGCCGUCUACGUUAUAAGCGCUGCCCAUGAGGAGCUUGUACGCAUGGUCGCCAGCGACCCGAAGUACGGAUACAACGUCCCACCUCAGAACGUCAUUGGCGUCACCACCGUUUUGAAGAACACUACUUCCGGUGCGCUCACGAACGCACGUAAGCAGAUUGCUGAAGGCACGUACAAUGAGACGGCCAAUCUCGAUCUGGUCGUGACUCCGUACCUCUGGACCCCUGCCACAUGGUUCGCCGGUAAAUGGGCCGCUAUUCUCACUUACAUCGAUCAAUGGAAACGUCCUGUCUUGGCUGGUGGUGACACUCCCGGUAGCGAUUCGUACAUGCAGUUCCACGGCGUAGAUGUAGCGAAGGGAGGUGUGCACCUGUGGAUCAAUCGUCGGGACGCCUACUUCGAGCAAUUGCAGGAGGAAAUUAGGAACAACACCCAGGCGCAGAUUGCUAACGGUAGAGAAGUUACGGCAGACAAGAACUGGGUUGUUGUCACUCCUGAGGAGAUCUUGUAA